AUGAAAGGAAGCAAGAGGCAGGUCGAAGGCAUCGCCCCUAACAAACCUCGCCCCUUCAAGAUCUAUAAACAAAGCGGAAGUUCCUCUCUAGACCCAAAAGAUAACGCUAGUAUAGUGCUGGGAGAUGAUAGAGAUUGUGAACACACUUUUCCAACUAGGGAUGACUUGUGCUCUCGAUCUUCGAUGUGGAUUAUUCAAACAUUUGACGCCAAAAAGUUCAUUAGUUCCCGCCUUCAUUUCCCUGAAGAUUUUUUUAGUGGCUAUUGGGAAAUUCGUAAGAUGGAUCCUUACAGUCGUCUGACUUGA